UGACCUAUGGGUGAUCACUUUACCGAUCACCAUCCGGCAUACGAGAAAAUGGCAUCAUCCGUAUUUCAAGAUGUGGAAAUGGCAUCCCCGAUCGAGGUUUUUGCCUUGAUUGCGGAAUAUAAUCAAGAUCCACACCAAGAUAAAGUGAACCUGAGUGUCGGUGCAUACAGAGGAAAUGAUGGCAAGCCGUGGGUGUUGCCGGUUGUGAGGACGGUAGAGGCCCAGAUGGCCAACGACCCGACACUGAACCAUGAAUACCUCCCUGUAGCUGGGCUACCAGAUUUCAGAACGGCUGCCUGCAAGAUGCUGCUAGGAGAGGAUGACCAGGGAAUUGUCCAGAACAGGGUAUGCGGGGUGCAGGCCCUGGGAGGGACGGGUGCCCUCAGGAUUGCAGCCGACUUCCUCAAGAAACAGAUGAAGUAUGACACAGUAUAUGUCUCCAAUCCUACCUGGGGUAACCACAAGGGUAUAUUCAAGAGUGUGGGCUUUUCAAACGUGAAGGAGUACCGGUACUGGAACCCGAAGAAUCUAGGCCUUGAUAUUGACGGCAUGCUGGAGGAUCUCAGGGGAGCUCCAGCAGGAUCAGUUGUUAUUCUUCACGCCGUUGCCCACAACCCGACCGGUGUUGACGCCACCGAAGCGCAGUGGAAGAUGAUCGCUGAUGUGUGCGCAGAGAAGAAACUCUUCCCUAUUCUUGACUGCGCCUACCAGGGUUUCACGUCGGGAGAUCUUGACAAGGAUGCGUGGUCCUGCAGAUACUUCUCUUCAAGAGGAUUUGAGUUCUUUAUAGCCCAGUCAUUCAGCAAAAACUUUGGGUUGUAUAACGAGCGUGUAGGUAACUUGUGUGUGAUAAGUACGACCUCGGAUGCCAUGGUGAAGGUUCGGUCGCAGAUGGAGAUAAUCGUGCGGACGACCUGGUCCAACCCCGCCAACCAUGGGGCCAGGAUUGUUGCUAGCGUCCUCAACAACCAACCACUUUGUGCCGAAUGGAAACAAAACAUCAAGACAAUGGCUGAUCGUAUACUGCUCAUGCGAGAUCAGCUGCACCAGAAGUUGAAGGCCAUUGGUUGUCCUGGUAACUGGGAUCAUAUCGUCCAGCAACGAGGAAUGUUCAGUUACACUGGACUCAAUGGACAGCAAUGUGAGCAAUUGAAGAAGCGUUUCCACAUCUACGCGAUGAAGUCUGGCCGUAUCAACAUGUGUGGACUGACCCCCUCUAACAUCGACUACGUUGCCAAGGCAAUCAACUCUGUGGUUACAGGGGCCGCUGACCAAGCACAGCAGAGCAGAAUAUAACAUUGUUGAUAGGGAACUAGAAAGAAUUCAUUUUUGUGAAGGACUUGAUGAUUUGUUUUCCGUUAAACAGCUUUCCGAAUUUGAGAAGAUUUAAUCUGAAAAUAAAUGAAUAUUAAAAAUGUAUGCACAUAUUUAAAUUUAUUAAGGAUAGAAAUGAUAAACUAAUUUGCUGAUAUCUAUUAAACCAGAUUGGUAAUUUUCUGUAUCCGGACUUGUCACAGUAGUUAGAGACAGACUUUUAUUGAUAUUUUUAGUUUUAAGCAUUUAGAAUACCGAAAUGUAUAUUUGUAACUGCUUUAAUCAUGUAUCGGAAUUCUGUUGUUUUUUUGUUGUUCCUUUUACCAGACUUGAUACAUGACUUUUUCAUGUGUUAAAAGGCAAAUUUGUUGUGAUACUUUUGGACAGUUUUAUUUAACAACUAAAAAAUAUAAAAAAAAUACUCAUUGAAAUAUGCUUCAAGCUUUGGAUCUAUUUUUCCAUUCCUUUUUGUCUGUAUUAGGCACUGUAUUUUGAUCGAAUGUAUUGUACAAACACUUCUUUUGGAUCAUAUGUGGCGAUAAGUAAGAGGGCCACCGCGGUGUGCGUGGAAGCGUGGGGCGUGAGCCUGCGUGGAGCUGCUGCGGGUGCAGAUCUUGGUAUUUUCAGUAAAAUAUUUGACUUGUAAUUUUAGUCAAACGGGUAUUAAUCUUUGCAUGUUCGACUCUAAUAUUCGUUUUAGUGUUCUAAAUUAUAUUCUGUCCAUAAAGAUGGCAAUAUUUUUCAGGUUAUCAGCAGGCAGCUGUAGCUGGUUUUUAACCAUGUACAUCAGCUGAUUUCUAGAGGCUGUGUCAGACAUAUAUGUCAUAUUUCUGAUGAUUUACCCUGGGGACCAUUCCGAUAUUUUGUGUCUUAAAAGCACUCAAAUAUCAGCCCAAGUAGACAAACUAUCUUUUCGAACACAUUUUGGAAAUAUGGCGGCACCUGGCCCAAAUUUCAGCUAAAUGAAAUAUGAUACCUAAGUUUGUUAUGCUUAACAUUAUAGAGAAAUGGCAGCCAGUUCUUACCCUGUUAAAUUUAACAAACAUCUUGACAUGAUUUGUCACACUUACUCAAUGUUGAACUAAAUAUCGAUCUGAGUAUUAUUUUUGUAAAAUCUUUGAUUAGAAAGUCCAUUAAUGUCUUAACAACUUCUUCAUGUGUUUUAGGGUGCUUUUACCAGCUUUUUUUGAGGUUGUGGUGAAACCAUCAUCUGACCCUCAUGUUGAGUUUCUUUUCUGAAUAUUUUAACAAACCAUUGAUUUAAUUAAUUCAAUGAAAAGAAAAUUGUCUCCGAAGUUCAUGCUUUAUCAUUGAAAUUCAAGAAGAAAGUCUGUAAUGUUUAAGCUCACCUGAACGCGAAGUGAUCAAACUGCCAACUGACUACGAAGUGGUCAUACCUAACCCAUGUGGUUGAAGGUGAUUUUUUGUGAUUGUCUUUUGUCCUUUGUCCAUUAUAUGUUUGUAUGAACACUAGCAUCCACAUUUCAGAUCCAAUCUUAUUUAACGUUGAACCUAAUGAAUAUGGCCACGGGAUCUCAGCCGAGAUUAUGGACACAAUCUGACCUGGAGGUCAAGAGUUAUCCCCCUUGGUUUAUCAGAAAAUGCCAAAACAUUGUUACCAAUCUAGUUGAAGUUGUUUAACAAGUGCCAAAUGCAUUUAUUAUAAGAAGGUUAUUGCAACUGAAUACAUUUUCAUGAUCUGGCAGGGUAGAUAAAAUAUAAAUACUCAGGGAUGUGAUUUGUCCGCGGAUUCGCGGAAUUCCGCGGAUCUAAUGGCCCCAGGCCCCCCCCCCCCCCCCAAUAAAAAAAUAAAUAAAUAUUUUUUUUUUUUUCGCUGAUUAAAAAGAUACUAGUGCACUUUUGGUUGUUAGUGUUGAUAUCCCAGUUUGCUUCAAAUUUAAAGUCAGAAGAACCCUCAAAAGAGCUUCUAAAAAGCCAGUUUUUCUUCUACAGCAGUGUGCUUUUGACCCCAAAAGUGCCCCAAGAACCCAUGGCCGAAAUGGUUUCAGCCCUCUAGCUGCCAGGUCAAUCACAUCCCUGAAUUACUAGGAACAAUAAUACUUAGUGUUGACAUGCAUGCCUCUGCCAAUGGAUCAGGGGUAGGAUUAAUAUUUAAUCAUUUAGAAAGCCUCUGACAAAAACAAACGCAGUUUCCAUUUAGUCAUUAAUUGAUUUUAUAAAGUCGGUUAUAUAGAAUUUUGCACAUGAGAGCUGGUUAUUUGAGGGGAAUUAAGUAUCAUACUAAGUAAUUAUUUUUGCUUCACUUAACAAUUAAUUCGGCAUUUCGGUCAGUCUUGUGUCUUUUUAAUGGUGAAGUGAAGCAUAAGUUAACAACAAGUAUUACCUUGGUAUUAUUGCUCCCAGGUAAAUAUAAUUAUUUAUUUUUUAUAUAUACAUACAUGUGUAUAUAUAUUUAUAUUUCUUUUGGUUAUAUUUUGUUCAUUAGAUGUUACCUUAAAUAUUACCUAUACAAGGUAUGCUUUUGUAACAUUUAUUUUGUAAAUUUUACUAAUUUUAUCUUGAAAAUUUGUUUUCAUACAAGUUUUUUUUGCAAAAAAUGCCAUGUCAAUAAUAAUCAGGUAAUAGCAGUCAGGGCUGAUUUUCAAUAAUGAGGUGUACAUAAGGUAUUAUAAAUUGUACAAAGACGUAAUGAUAAUAAAGCAAAAUAUGCUUAUUGCAAAUAAGUGCUCUAACUUUGUUAGAAGAUAUCUUACAGAAUGUGUUAAGGAUCUAGGUAUAUAAGCCCCAUCUGUCUAACGAUCGUAAGAUUUUGUAUGGUCACUUUAUCGAAUCGAUAGUUCUGUGUAGUAAUAAUACCUAUUGCCAAAGUAAUAGUUUUAUUUGUCAGUUCAAACCUAAUAUAUUAUAUUUGGCCAGUAAAACGUUCAAUUUUUUUUGUAUCACUGACAAUAUGCUGAAUUGAAAUUCUUGGUCUUAUGAACUUUUGUCAGACCUGCGCUGAUAAAAUGGCCCCAUAGUGUAUAUUUUCUACAAUUUUUACAACACAUCCAACUCGGACUAUGGGUAUUAAAUCUUGAAAAAUGUUGCUUUCACUUGCAAAGUAAAGUGAAUGAAUUCUGCUUAUACUUGUUUAUAAAGAAGUUUUAUACUGUUCUUAACACAUGUUGUUUCAGGAAAUUCACAUGUUAUCCAUUUCUGUUCUGUAGCGGGUAGAUAGUAUGCAAAAUACAGGUACCUAUUCUGUUUUCCACUCUCGUAUUAAUACAGGCAGUAUACAUAAGCCUACUUUCCGCAUAGUUUAGUGCACAUAUUUACACAGUAUCUUUUAGAUUCAUUGUUUUUACCCUGCUUGGUAUUAUUGUUAUAGAAUGUCAUUGAAAAUGAUAAUAGUGUGCUAUUUGUUCACCCCUGUUUUGAGAUCUAGUUUAAAUCAUCUUGUUGAUUUCUGAAUAAAAGUUCUAUGCAGUA